AUGGAAGUCAGGACAUACCGAAAACAUAUUAAGGAAACAACAGAGAACACAAUGUCAACAAACUGCAACAACUGGCGAGGUAUCACAGAUAGGGGCGUCAAUAUAAAACCUCCAAAGAUUGGAGAAAUAACAGACUGUAACAACUGGCGAGGUAUCACAGAUAGGGGCGUCAAUAUAAAACCUCCAAAGAUUGGAGAAAUAACAGACUGCAACAACUGGCGAGGUAUCACAGAUAGGGGCGUCAAUAUAAAACCUCCAAAGAUUGGAGAAAUAACAGACUGCAACAACUGGCGAGGUAUCACAGAUAGGGGCGUCAAUAUAAAACCUCCAAAGAUUGGAGAAAUAACAGACUGCAACAACUGGCGAGGUAUCACAGAUAGGGGCGUCAAUAUAAAACCUCCAAAGAUUGGAGAAAUAACAGACUGCAACAACUGGCGAGGUAUCACAGAUAGGGGCGUCAAUAUAAAACCUCCAAAGAUUGGAGAAAUAACAGACUGCAACAACUGGCGAGGUAUCACAGAUAGGGGCGUCAAUAUAAAACCUCCAAAGAUUGGAGAAAUAACAGACUGCAACAACUGGCGAGGUAUCACAGAUAGGGGCGUCAAUAUAAAACCUCCAAAGAUUGGAGAAAUAACAGACUGCAACAACUGGCGAGGUAUCACAGAUAGGGGCGUCAAUAUAAAACCUCCAAAGAUUGGAGAAAUAACAGACUGCAACAACUGGCGAGGUAUCACAGAUAGGGGCGUCAAUAUAAAACCUCCAAAGAUUGGAGAAAUAACAGACUGCAACAACUGGCGAGGUAUCACAGAUAGGGGCGUCAAUAUAAAACCUCCAAAGAUUGGAGAAAUAACAGACUGCAACAACUGGCGAGGUAUCACAGAUAGGGGCGUCAAUAUAAAACCUCCAAAGAUUGGAGAAAUAACAGACUGCAACAACUGGCGAGGUAUCACAGAUAGGGGCGUCAAUAUAAAACCUCCAAAGAUUGGAGAAAUAACAGACUGCAACAACUGGCGAGGUAUCACAGAUAGGGGCGUCAAUAUAAAACCUCCAAAGAUUGGAGAAAUAACAGACUGCAACAACUGGCGAGGUAUCACAGAUAGGGGCGUCAAUAUAAAACCUCCAAAGAUUGGAGAAAUAACAGACUGCAACAACUGGCGAGGUAUCACAGAUAGGGGCGUCAAUAUAAAACCUCCAAAGAUUGGAGAAAUAACAGACUGCAACAACUGGCGAGGUAUCACAGAUAGGGGCGUCAAUAUAAAACCUCCAAAGAUUGGAGAAAUAACAGACUGCAACAACUGGCGAGGUAUCACAGAUAGGGGCGUCAAUAUAAAACCUCCAAAGAUUGGAGAAAUAACAGACUGCAACAACUGGCGAGGUAUCACAGAUAGGGGCGUCAAUAUAAAACCUCCAAAGAUUGGAGAAAUAACAGACUGCAACAACUGGCGAGGUAUCACAGAUAGGGGCGUCAAUAUAAAACCUCCAAAGAUUGGAGAAAUAACAGACUGCAACAACUGGCGAGGUAUCACAGAUAGGGGCGUCAAUAUAAAACCUCCAAAGAUUGGAGAAAUAACAGACUGCAACAACUGGCGAGGUAUCACAGAUAGGGGCGUCAAUAUAAAACCUCCAAAGAUUGGAGAAAUAACAGACUGCAACAACUGGCGAGGUAUCACAGAUAGGGGCGUCAAUAUAAAACCUCCAAAGAUUGGAGACAUAACAGACUGUAACAACUGGCGAGGUAUCACAGAUAGGGGCGUCAAUAUAAAACCUCCAAAGAUUGGAGACAUAACAGACUGUAACAACUGGCGAGGUAUCACAGAUAGGGGCGUCAAUAUAAAACCUCCAAAGAUUGGAGACAUAACAGACUGCAACAACUGGCGAGGUAUCACAGAUAGGGGCGUCAAUAUAAAACCUCCAAAGAUUGGAGAAAUAACAGACUGCAACAACUGGCGAGGUACUACAGACAUGUACUGA